AUGAUCGUAGGCGAAAGUCACUCUUGGUCCUUGGUUGAUCCCAAUCUUUACAUCGAUCUAACUUAUACAAUGAGAUUCGCCUACGCAGCUUCCGUUUUGUUUGCCACUUUGGCGCUAGCCGCCCCUGUCGCUCUACAAAAAAGGGCCGCUCUUGGGGACAUCGAUAUCCUGCAAUUUGCGUUGACUUUGGAGCAUCUUGAAAAUGCUUUCUUCAAACAAGGGCUUUCGACUUGGUCGGUGGACGAGUUUGUCAAAGCCAACUUCACGGAGAGCUUUUAUUCGCAGUUAAAAUACAUCACACACGACGAGGAGACCCAUGUACUCUACUUGGAAGCCGCCCUCAAGACUGCCGGUGCUACUCCGGUUGCCGCUUGCUCCUACAAAUUUCCUAUGACAAACCCACACGAUUUUGUAGCACUUGCGGCGACGAUCGACGGUGUUGGUGCGGCUGCGUAUCUCGGAGCCGCGCCUCUACUCACCUCCAAAUCCUACUUAACGGCUGCUGCGUCCAUUCUGGUCACAGAAGCGCUUCACCAGUCUGCAACGCGUAACGCUGUCGGAGAAGUACCUAUGGCCAAUCCCUUUGGCACACCCAUGGGUGCCAACGCUGUAUAUUCGAUUGCAUCACAAUUCAUUACUUCCUGUCCUGACUCAAAUACACCUUUGCCAGUAAAGCCCUACCCAGGCCUCACCAUAUCCCAAGGCAUGCCAGUUGCCGUUAAUACUUCGGUUUCGUUUUCCGUUGAUGGUCAACUUCCAUCUGCACAAUGCUACAUCACUUUUGUAAGCGGAUUGGACAUUCUUCCAGUCGAAGGCUCCGUAUCCAAUGGUAUGAUUUCUGCUGAAAUUCCCUCUCAAGUUUCUGGGCAGUCGUAUGCGUUUGUCACCUCCGACAACUCUGGUAAUUUGACUGAUACGUCAAUUCUAUUUGGUCCAGCCGUCCUAGAGGUUACACCAUCUAGCCCAACAUUUGACCUUUCUAUCACGUAA